UCGUGCGGAGGGCGGAGCCACCGUGGACGUACCGGCUUCUGGCAGCAGACAGAGGGCAGCAGGCAGGGUCCAGCUCAUCCUGACUGAAGCACAGCAUCAUCAUCAUCACCAUCAUCACCCUCAUCCACCACCCUCCCUCACAAGGACAUCCUCUCCAGCCGCGCGCAGCGAACGGGACGCUCUUCUCAAGACACACAAAGAGGAAAUAGAAGACAUUCGAGUCUUAUCGACACAGAGGGGAAGAUGCUGGCCUGCACGGAGCUGAUCACCAUGUGUCUCCAGUCUGCCAAGCAGGAGCACUUGAGAAAGCAGAAGGAGCUUGACCACAAUCAGAACCAAGGCAUCGCUCUGAUCCAGGAUAUUUUCCGCCGGGCAGAUAAAAACGAUGAUGGGAAGCUGUCCUUGGAGGAGUUCCAGUCAUACUUCACUGAUGGUAUCCUCACUGAGGAGCAGAUGCAAGAGCUGUAUCACUCCAUCGACAAGCAGAAGACAGACAACCUGGACAUAGACAAGCUCUCAGCGUACUUCACCCCGCAUCUGGGAGAAUAUGUCAGUGUUCUGUCUGCCCUGGAAAAGCUGAAUGUGGCCAUCUUGAGGGCAAUGGAUAAAACUAAAGAAGAGUAUCAGGGCUCAUCAGUUCUGGGUCAGUUUGUGACACGUUUCCUCCUGAGGGAAACCUCCACCCAGCUGCAGUCCCUGCAGUCCUCACUGGAUUGUGCGAUGGAGGCUGUCCACGACCACGGCUGCACAGGGAGGAGGAUAUCCAAGAAGCCCGAGGACCUGCCGAUCCAAAGGGUCCCCAAACGACCUGGACGACGCAUCCAGAAGAACAUGUGUGUCUCACCUACAGACCCCUACUCCGGCAUGCUCACCACAGGGGUCAGCGUGGAGCCAGACAACCACUGGGGCUCCCAGAUCAACCAGCUAGAGCAACUCAUUGACAAGCUGGAUUGUGAGAGUCCGCAUCUCGAACCUCUCAAAGAAGACACGUUGGCGGGCACGUAUAAAUCGAAUAUACUUCUCAUCCAGAGACAAAUGUCUGUGAAGGAGAAAGACGUGGAUCAGUUUCAACAAGCGCUCAAAGUCUACACGGACGCCACGAGCAGCCAGCUGAACAACCUGCAGUACGCCCCCUGCUCUGCCUCUCUGCUCGUUUCAGUCCAGACCCUGCCAGACAGAUCGUGCUUCAUCAUGUAUGAAUUUUGGCAAGAUCGUCUCUCUUGGAUGAGCUACCUUCAGUCAUCCAUCAGCAAGACCUUCCAGGGCUGCAUUAUUGACUCACUAGAAGAGCCAGAGAUUGUCUCCACCAUGCUUCUCCCAGCUUCUUGGUGGAUCAUGAACAACAACUGAUGACGCAGCGCUUCAGCAGUUCAACACAAUGAAAGCAGGAGAAAUAAGAGAUUUUUAAAAUCCCUUUUUCUUCAUUGAUACGCAUUUUUCCUUGUGGCAUGUUAAGAUUGUUUUUGCAAAGCCAGUGUUAAAAAAUACAAAAGACUGCUAAAAAAAAAUCUGUCAACCUUGGCCAGAAAGAAACAAACUGUUCUGAAGUUCAAUGUUUUAUUCUGUGAUCAGGAGCUAUUUUUUACAGUUCUGGCACAUCUCUUGCAUCUAAUUUAAUAUAAACACAAGAAAUAUUAUUUUAAAAAGGGUUUGCAUGAUCUUAUUUCUCAGUGCUUGUUCGUUUCACUCAGAGCUUCAUAUUAGAGUAGAUAUGAGGCAAUAACAAUACAAAAACAUCAAUAAAAGCUAAUCUGUCCCUCCUUUACAUGUUCUUCCAUACGAAUGGAAACAGAUGUAGUCGUAGGGUCUAACUUUCAUCUUGUUCUCCCUGUGCUAUUGUGCUUUGUUGUCUCCUUCAAAGCUUUCCCACCAAUCAUCUUUUUGCUGAAGCCUCAGAGCCAGAGCACAGCUACUGAACGAUCAUGUCCGUAACUAAACCUUCAUCAUCUGUGUCACUCCUGCACUUUAAAAAAAACAUGUGAAACACAGACCUUAUUAUGAAGAGCAGUCUCUAUUGUAGGUUUUCUCCUAAAACCUUAGAAAUAACCGCUGUGACAAAAAGCCAGGAGCUGCACUGAUGUACAGACACACAUUAGUGAACGAUUCACUAAAUAAUUGUGCAGUUUGCCCUAUACUGUUGUUCUGCAGUAGAUGUGAAACUCAAAAGCCAUUAUUUUAAAUUUGAAGUGUGUAUUCAGAAGAGUUUAAUAGUAGAAGUUUAUAUUUUAAGAUUAAACAGAACUUGUUCUGCUUAAAAAAUUGGAAAUAGAAAAUCUGUAAAGAUAUUGUACAGUAGUUAAAGAAAACUUUAGAGCUGAUGUAAUUGUUGUACAACACUGGUAAAUAUACAAUAAGUUAAUCAUGUAAAUUCCUGUUAGCCUUAUAAUGUGAGGAAUGAGUGUAUUCUCUUUUUUAUUUAAAGUCUUUCCCAUUUCUUUUAUGUAUGAUUAACAGUUGUUAAGUGGAUUACUUGUUUUCUGGCAUGAAUUAAAGUUUGACAUGUUGGUGACAUGA